AUUGUUGUGUUGAAUGACGAUUAUGACUUUGACGUUUAUUGAAAAAAAUCAACACUAAAAAAUAAAAAAGCUUGCUUACCGUAAUCUUCAUUUUUAAAUCUAAAUUUGAGAUAUAUUCCGUAAUUGUUAUAACGGUCCUUUAAAUGGUCAUCAUGUUACCAUUUUAUCUACUGUAAACAAAUUACCAACGUUUUCAUGGAGUGUAGUUGUAAGCCGAUUCAUAUCUGACCUCGUACGGGACGAACCGCAGAAAUCCGCGACAAGGACUAUCAUAUAAUUUGUUUAGGUAUGUCGGUUUGGUCUGCCAGCACGGUUGGAAAUAAUUACCGUUUGCAACAAGGCAGUCGUUACGAUCCAUCCAAUAGUUGGUGCCCAAAACUGAGCAAGGUAAUACUUGUAUGUUUGAAUCACUAAAGUUAGCUAUUAUUGUCACAUAAAGUACUCGAUGUACUAGUGUUAUCAUGUCAUAGAGCGCCUUUUAAUUAGUAGCACAUUAUCGUAGUCAAAAGACGCAUCAAUAGACAAUAUGCUCGAUCAAAAGAGUGUGUAAAGUAAAUGGGACAGAAUAUAUUUUGAAAUAAUAGCUAUAUAUAUAUUUCAAAUUAAAUAUUGCAAAUUUCUUGUGCCUCUUUAAACAGGAUAUGAAUUUAAGUGAACAUACCAUUUCUCAUGACAUUAUGACCAACCUUGGUCACAGGAGUCAUGUGUCCACCAUGGUGUAACGUGUAGCAUUUGGCUUUGAAAUAGGCUGACGCGAGAGACUACAAUAUUUUGUAGCAAAUACACACAAGUGCGUGAUGUCGGGCGAGACCCCCAUCCAGUCGGCCGAAGGGCUCCACACGCCUGCGUACCUGUCAUGGAGGAAGCUGCAGCUCAGCCGCGCCAAACUCAAGGCUUCCAGCAAGACGUCAGCACUACUCUCCGGUUUUGCUAUGGUAGCCAUGGUAGAGGUGCAGCUAAACCAGCCGAGUGAAACCAAAGUGCCCACGGAAAUGUUAGUCGCCUUCACUGUUUGCACCACCUUACUGGUCGCAGUUCACAUGCUCGCUCUCAUGAUCAGCACAUGCAUCCUGCCCAACAUCGAGGCGGUGGGCAACCUCCACAGCAUCUCGCUGGUUCACGAGUCCCCACACGAACGCCUGCACUGGUACAUCGAAAUAGCGUGGGCCUUCUCAACCCUACUGGGCCUUAUUUUGUUCCUUAUAGAAAUAGCUAUACUCUGCUGGGUGAAGUUCUACGAUUUAAGCGCCACAGCGGCGUGGUCCGCGUGCGUAGUUCUUAUACCAGUCAUGAUCGUGUUCCUAGCAUUCGCCAUACAUUUUUAUAUGUCUUUGGCCACCCACAAAUAUGAAGUGACAGUCACCGGUAUAAAGGAGUUGGAACUGCUAAAACAGCAGAUAGAAUUGGGAGACCAGGACGCGCGUAUGAAUAAUCUCACCUUAUUGGACCAAAGUCAUGUGGUGUGAUGAUAUGUUAUCGUUAGUUGAAUUGAGUCGUUAUAAUUUAUUAUAACUUAUGUUAAAUGAUUUAGUAAGAGUACUGGGUUAAAAGUGCUCAAUAUAUGCGUGAAUUGCGACACUAAUCUUAGUACUUACUGUUUAAGAAAUACGAAAUAGUACUUAUGUAAGUGCCAAUUAUAUUUAUUUAUUAUCAAUUCAUGGAAAGUUCUGAUAGCAUCAUAAGUUUCAUUAAUAUUUAGAGAAUGAAUAUAUACAAAAAUCACUUUAGGUCUUAUAUAUUGAGACAUGACGGCGGAAUCUCUAACUUAAAGAUUUUACUUUUAUGUCCAUUUAUUUAUCCAUACAUAUAUUAUAAAAAGGUGUGUGUUUGUAACGAAUAAACUCGAAAACUACUGGACCUAUUUUGACGCAAUUUGGUACAGAUAUAAAAAGUCAGGAGUAACAUAGGCUAGGCGUUUAAGAAAUUCCCACGGGAGCGAAAUCCCGAUCAACAUCAAAUUACCUAUAAAGAAAGAAUAUUAGGUACAUUGUUCUGCAGUCUGUCAUACUUUUUCAUUAUAAGAUGGAGUGGUGCUAUUCUAGACAAAAAUAAUAAUAGCCACUUAGUAUUCCAUUGGUGCAGACAAAACUGUAGUAUAGUUAUUGUUCAUUUCAAUGCAUCAGCAUGGAACAAUAAAACAAUGGUGUCAAAUUAUGCUAUGUAAAUGAACCAAUAUUGCGCAACGCAAGAGGCAAAAUUAAGUUAGCUGCUAAGUUCGUAGUUAUAACCAUUGUAUUGGAUGGUUUCAAAAAGGAAAUGUAUAUAACAGGGUUAAUAAUUCAUACUAAUACUUAUGUUUGUUUACCGAAAAUUUAUCAAGUACAAAAGACACAAUUUGAUUCAGCGAUAAAACUAAAACGUAUCCAAGGGCCUUAUUCGACCUUAUCAUCCCUCUUUCUCUAUUUUAGAGGUUUACGUUUGUUAAGGAGGUCUUCUAUUUGACUAAAUAAGUUUUGAUAAGCUUAUUUUAUGCAUUAUAACAUAUUUUCAAUACUUAAUAAUCAAAAUCACCUUAUGUUCGCUACUUAAAUACUUUAUAAUAAGUUUGUAUUCGUGUUAUUAUUAAGUCCGAGGCUCCAGUGCCUUGAAAAGUAACGCUCAAUUAUAAAGACAAUUCUUCCGAAGCCAUUUGUGCAGUAUUUCGUUUAUAAAAAUUAGUCAAUAUUUAUAAUAUCUAUAUCAAAGACUAAAAAAGUAUAUUCUGUGCUAUGUAUAAAAUAAAUUAAAAAUAUUGUGUUGAUCAAAAUGCUCUUUGCAUAACACAGAUCUUGUCUUAGACGUUUCCCAAUUCGACAGCGGUGUUCUGUUUUACUUGAUAAAAACUGAAACACUAAUCAUAUCUGUUUUUGUAGUUUGUAAUGAAUAAAUUCAAAAACUACUGGACCGACUUUGACAAAAUUGGCACAGUAAUAGAAUAAAUAAACUUUAAGGAGUAGCAUAUAUCAUGUUUUCUGGAAAUUUGGAAAAACAACAAUCGAAGUUUAAUGUGGGCAGAGAUGCGAGUAACAGCUUGUAGAUAAAUGGUUUACACAUAUAUCUAAAAAUAUAUGUGAAAUAAAAAAACUUAAGUUGGAAUGAAUAUGCUUCUUCUGUCUGUGUAUUUUUAUGAUAAAUAAAUUCUUUAAACAUAUGAUUGAAAGUAAAUUUGUGUGUAUACUUACGUUGAAAUCGCACUUCUAUUCUUACGGUCUAGUGCAUACGGCUCAUAAUACAACGGAUUUUUUGUUGGUAUAUAAAGAAUAUAAACAUAAAUUAUCUGACUUAUUCCAGCAAUCAAAGAAAUCUUUUGUAUUUGUAGUACAGUGCCAUUGGCUAAAAGGGCCAAUUAGUUACCUUACCUUGAAAAUUGUGGUCGUUACAAUUAAAAAUGGCUGAGAUUCUCACUGUAGAGAUCCCCUUAUAUUGUCGAAGCAAUAAUAGAUUUAUUGACUGUACAUUAGUUACUUAACCAAUAAGGACUGUGAUAUAUCAUUGACAUGAAAUGAGAUGUUGAGUAUUAGCAUAAGAAUUUAUUGUGCAUAAAUAAAUGAAAUUUUGUAUCUGUAUUACGAGUAUAUACGUGUAUGUUUUAUGAUCUGUUUAAAUCUAAUACAUUUGGUCAAUACAAUA